AUGAAUGACUUCGAUGAUGAUGACGCCGCUGCAGCGCAGCGUCGCGUCCGCCCAGAAAAUAGUGAGCAAAGGAACGCAGAGGCCCCUCCGCCUGUGGAGGUGUUCGCCGCAGGAGCCGCCACGGGUGACUCAAGUGCGCCAUUGUUGUAUACCGCCGGUGUGACCGCGGCUGGUGACAGUUCAUCUGCCGCUGCGUUGUCGUCUCCUCGCGAGCUUCUUGCACAUCUAGCGCUUGCGAUGCGGUACUUCACGGCAUCAGAGCGAACGCUGCAGGACGAGGGUGUCUUCGGCUGCUCCCCUGAUCUCGACUCUGAUAAGGACAACGGACUGCACAGGAGAGGCAGCCGCAGCCUCAGCGACUGCAGUAGUGACGACGAAGUUCAGGGAUGCGAGUGCGUCAUGCGUAAGGCAGCUUCGUGGGCAGCUUCCAGUGUUGUUUUACACCAGCCCGUCGGUCCUGCCGCUGCCCGCGUCGACGCACCACUUGCACAGAGUGGACGUAGCAACAGCGCUGCAGCCACGCCCGUGCCCUUCGCGGUGACACCCCCGUUUGCGGAGCUGGCUGACCCCUCCUUAGCCUCGCCGCACCUUCCAGGCGUUUGCACCAGUGCUGCAGCGCGGCGGGCGGCCUCGUUGUCUGGGAUGUCGGAGGCAAUAAGCACCACGCUGUCACUGCCACCGCCGCCGCCGCUCGGCUUCGUCAUUCCUGCGCAAGUCGUUUGGCAGGCUGACGAUGCCAUGAUAGGUCGUGACCUACUUGUCAAUGAUGCCGCACUCUCGUCGCCUUCAUCGCUGUGCUUUCCCGCCGCCGCCACCGGUGGCGCUUCUCCACUUACAAGCGAUGCGCAGUGUGCUGUAGAAAGGGCAUCUAUAGCAUCGGCAGCUUCGCUUCAUGAGGCAGUGCGUACACGAGCCCGUGCGUGGUGGCCAGCAUCUUCGGUGAUGCCGAACACUGAGCAAGGGCCCUGGGACUCUGGAUUACCAUUCAAUGGUAGACGCCGGUGGCAGGCGGCCUGGACCGCACACGGUGAGCCCGCCACUGGCGGGUGGGAUGCCGAGGAGCCGGACGAGGAGGCGGCGGCGAUUUGGACUGAAAAUAUUUUCGACGAAGAUGGCGCUCUCUGUGGAGUUGGGUUGUGUCUGUGGCUACCGUGUCAUGCCGCGAUGGGCCUUGUUGCGGUGGUUCGGUGCCUACGACGUUUCCUAGCUGGGCGGGGCACAUGCGCGAUGACUUAUUCCCUACUCAAUAGCGCGAGUGAGAGCGACGGCUACGACAGCGGCAGAGACACCAUUCAUAGCACGGAGGAAGAGGGGGACGAUCAGCCCGGUGCCACGGGAGGAACACCAUCCCCUUUCGGAGCGUGGUCGGGGAUGAUACCACACGUUCGUCGGCCUUUGCUCUCAAGCUCUUCUAAUACGCAGUGCGGACAGCGGCUGCUGCAGAGGCCUGGCGCGGUGCGCCCACCGCGCUUUGCACGGGAAGACGAUGAACGCAGUACCAACAGCGAAGAAGGAGAGAACAUACAUGACGCUGCCCCACUUUCUCUUUCAUUGCUGCCGAUGUCGUCCUCCACGCAGUUGCCGCCAGGCGUGACAGCAGCACCCCGACAUCAGGGGCUCGGAGAGGCCGCUGCCGCGGACACCGUGGUGACGUCGUCGCAUUGCUUCUUAGUUCUUUGUUCUAGACUAGGUGCGUCGCUGCGUCGAGGCUCUCUUUCCUGCUACCGCAUGCUGAGCAGCACCGUGGCCUACUACAACGUCUUCGCUUCACAGCGCACGUCGGUGACGCCGACGCCUGAGACAGGUGCACGCGAUGCUGCAAACUGUCACGCGAUGCCUGGCUCGUCGUCGCUGCCUCCACGCCUAGGCAAGCACACAGACGCGAUGGCGAGCAUCUCUGAAGCGACACGACCACCUCCGCCCGCGAAUGCCCACUCUCUGAGCCAGCCGCUACUGCUUGACAUCGCGUUUGUCAGCCAGAUGUUCGUGCUCCUGCAGUAUGUGGGGCUCACGAUACUCACCGCGACGGUGUUACUGCUGACUGUGUUCUUGUUUGACCAUUUUCGUGUGGCUUACGUCGAGGAGGAGACGGCGGCGUGCAAUCGCUACCCCUUCGAGAAUCGCAUCCCACCCGAAGUGUCCUUUAGCCUUAUCUGUCUCCUGCUCAACGGCGUCCUUGCCGUUCGCUACGCGGUCCGAGCCGUGCGCUACGAGAAGGGCGGCCUCCUCAUUGUGCAGGUCGUCAUAGUGGCGCUGCAGGUCUGCCGCGCCACUUACUUCCUUCUUAUCGCUGCCCGAUCCUACACGCAGGCGUCUUCCGUGUCGUCGCUUUCACGGCCGCUUUGGCCGCUGUUGAUUACUGGUCUACGCCGCCCCAUCGCCCGCAUCUUCAGCAGCGGCGUUGAUGCUUCUGGCAGCGAAGGUGCCCUUCUCCACGAGCACCCCACGUCGACGGUUGGGUCAGUCCAGCAGGCCCUCCUCGUGCUUACCUGUGUCAAUGUUGGUGUCAGUGUGUCGCUCUUUGUUGCUGCCUCGCUGCUGUCGCCGUGGGUGUAUGCAAGUUUCGGCUGGCGGCGCUACGCACAGGGCAUCGUGCAGGUUUCCUUGUCUCGCGUGCGGCAGAGGCUGACAGUGUUGCGAGCAUGCGUGAAGCUUGACGGAGUCGUCACCGCAAACGCAUACCUUGCUGCCGUGUUCUUGCUGGACAGCUGGCCAGAUCAGCGGAAGCUGCUGCUGAUGACACUCACCAUCUUUGCGCUGCACUACGUCCUUAUCCCCAUGCUGCGGCGCUCACGGCACUGGUGGCCCCUUUUGCUCGCAGCAGGCGUUCUAGUGACAGUAAGCGCCUACUACGCCGUCGUGGUUGGGGGUGCGCUCCGCAACGACCAGCGUCUGCGAUCUGCAUCCAAUUCUCCAUGGCACAGCAACUGCUACAGGGAUCGACUGCACGAGUGCCUCUAUGAAGUUUCUUGCGAGCACCCAGUCAGCAUUUUCCGCGAUGCAUUCGCCACAGACGGUGCUGACGAUUCGCACCCCUCCUCCCGUCAGCUUGAGCGGGCCCGGCCGCCACCGCCACCGCCGCCGCCGCCGCCGUCGUCGCCAGCGGUGGCUCGCCAACGCACCUUCUGUUGUGGUGCAACGCGCGGUGUACCACUGCUGCACGGUCACCUAAGCGCGCGUGAGAGUCUGAGGGCGACUUCGCCUUCCUUUGCGCUAGCGGUGCUUUCUCGAUUAGCAUCGUCGAUGCGGCGCGUGAGCAACGCGACGGACACGUACCUGCCCACCGACAGUACGUUCCCUGACUACUCCCGAGUACAGGGGUGCAACGCAGCAUGCUUUCUUGCGCGGGAGGAGAAGGACAACGUUUUCUUUGAGCGAAGCAUCGCUGGCUGCUGUGCCGAGUACGGUCAGUGCCGACAUAAGGAUGGCUAUCGUACGUACGCAGUGCUUCUACUAUUGGUGCUAACGGUCUUCUCCUCCGUUGUCCGAGCGGUCUUGCUCGUCGUUGCAUGGCGGAGAUGGGUGGAGAGGGAUGACGUAACGAUUGAUCACUUUGUCUGGGAGCAUCUUCGUCGUCAUCAUUGCAGCGGGUACCGACGACAACGCCGGCGUCCCCGUAAAGGGCACGGUCAUCGCCACCAACGUGCUGAUGCUGCCGCUGCAGGUGUCAGUGACACCCCUUCUCAAUCGCCACGUAGGUUGCGCGCAUCGUACAACGCCAUCUUUCCAGCGUCAUCACCGCUACCGUCGAUUUUUCCACAUCUCACGCAGAACCUUGCGUGGAAUGUGGAGCAGUAUGCCGCUUGGCGGCAGCAGCAGUGUGCUGCCGAGAGCACAAUCUGGCGAGAGCAUGGGGAACCUUGA